CCAGUUAGAUACGCGCGAGGUAAACGCCACUUCGUUGCAAAGUAUUGCAAAUCCUUUAUCAUCUGAAAAGUGAGUUGAAAGCAUUAGAGCAUCAAAUGUCGACUAACUACACGAAUAUUUUCUUAUUCAUCAUGAUGGCAACUUGCGCAGCUACGCCGAUUCUUCUUUUGACUCCCGAAACGAUGCUCGCUCAUCCAGCUGUCAUAAUUAAUUCUGCAAUGGAAGAUAAUUUACCUAAUCAAUUACGGAAUAAUUUCUAUAAAAAUCCAAGUAUCGCUGCUAGUCUUGCUAAGGAAUCCUGGUUCACUGAUAAGGAAAUGCAGGUAAUUGACCGAGACACAGACAAAAUCCCAAGAGAAAAGAUCUAUAAUAUGCUACAUAACGCUGGAUUCGUUCGCAGAUAAUAUCAAGAUUAUAAAUUAAAACUAUUGUUGUUGAAUAUAUCUUGACUUCCAUAUAUAUUCAAUAAUAUUAGUUUCAACUAAGUUUCUUACUCAUAUUUGCUCAUUUAUUCGCUCGUAUUAUACUACCACUCAAGACUCACAUUUCGAUAUUUUACAUUUGAUCUUUUACACUAUUUUCUACACACUCUGCGCGAGUUACAAUUAGUUCGAGUUAUUUCUUAUUUUGAUUUACGAUCUGAUUCUAAAAGUAAUAUCCACAACGAAUAUACAUCCAGAGAAACAUUUCUUGAAAUUCAUUGUUUGAUUAUAUAACUAUAAAUUAAUCGCAAUAAUAAAUUAAUAUAUUUUAUA